AUGAAGACUAGGCCAACUGGUAACACUGGUAAUGCCGACUGGAUGGGCUCUCUCUGUCCCAGGCUCACGUCAAUGCCAUUGAAGUAUCUGGCGGUACCAGGAUCCCACGACUCUUUCAGCUUUUGGGUUGAUGAGAAAGCCCCUGUUGGUCCUGACCAGAAAGCCAUUGUCAAACACCUGGCCGCAGUGUUUCGCCUGCUUGCCAAGAAAGUAAUGAAGAAAUGGUCCAUGACCCAAAAUCUUACCUUCAAAGAGCAGCUGGAGGGCGGCAUCCGCUAUUUUGACUUACGUGUGUCAUCUAAACCAGGCGAGCCAGGCCAUGAAGUCUACUUCAUUCACGGGCUGUUUGGCCACAAAGUUCGUGAUGGUCUGAAUGACAUUAAUACGUUCCUGAAUGCCCACUCCAAAGAGGUGGUUUUUUUGGACUUUAAUCACCACUAUGCUAUGGAUGAGGAGCAUCACCGUUACCUCAUCAACAUGUUGAAGCAGAUAUUUGGCCACAAACUCUGCAAAAUUGAUGUGGUGGAGGACAUCACGCUUGACUACCUGUGGGAAAAUAAGUACCAGGUUCUAGUGUUCUACCACCACCCGUCUGCAGAAGGAUGCCCAGUGAUGUGGCCCGGCAAUAAAAUUCCAGCCCCAUGGGCUAACACCACGGACACCACCAAGCUCAUCCAGUUCCUGGAGACGACACUGGGUGAGCGGGCCAAGUACGGCAGCUUCCACGUCUCUCAAGCCAUCCUCACUCCCCGCGUCAAGACUAUCGUCCAAGGCCUCGUCAGAGGGCUACGCAACUACUUGGUAGAGAGGAACCUGCCAACCAUAAUGACUUGGGUGGCAGCCCAGAAACCUGGUGUGGAUGGAGUGAACAUCAUCACCUCUGACUUUGUGGAGCUAGUGGACUUUGCAGACACUGUCAUCAGGCUCAAUAAUCUUCUGCUACAUGACCGUGCAGUCACAUGA